ACCUCCGUCUAUAAAUAGAGCAGCCAAUUGCAGGGCUCCAGCGCGCUUUCCAACUGUCUGACUGUUUGUUUGCCUCACCGGUGGGAGCUCCAGCAUCUCCUUUGCGCGAAAUGGACCCCAACUGCUCCUGCGCCACUGGUGGCUCCUGUACGUGCGCUGGCUCCUGCAAGUGCAAAGAUUGCAAAUGCACCUCCUGCAAGAAGAGUGAGUGCGGGGCCAUCUCCAGGAAUCUGGGGCUGUGGCUAAGGUUGGGAGGGGACUCAAGGCUGGCCCUGAGUGCAUCCUUCUGGGGAACUGGGCUUUCUUUGCCCUCAUUGUCCGUGUCAUUCCCUCUCCAGGCUUUCUGCCCUGAGUUCAGAUGGGGCAGGGAAGCAUUCUUCUCUUGGGACACAAACCCCAAUUGUACCCCCUAUGGUUUCUGAACAGAGCUGUGCCAGACGAAAAAAAGCAUCCUCUGGGUCUGGGUUCUGAGCUCGAGCCAGGCUUGCUGUUAGGGCAGGGAGGUGCCUGGUGAAGUCUACUGUCACCUCUCACUCUCUCCUUCUU